ACACCUUCAUCAAACAAAUCCAUGUCAUUGCAUUAACUUGUAAGUAGCUUCUCUCAGCAGAGAAGAAAAAAAAACACUGUAAAAGAAGCAGAUUACACUUACCAGAGAGAUCAAAAGAGGAAGCAAAAAAAAAAAAGAAAAGCAAAACCAGAAAGAUGAGAGCCAGCAACCAUUUGAUAGGGUUAUUAAACUUCUUGACUUUUUUGUUGUCAAUAGUAAUCUUGGGUGGUGGAAUAUGGCUAAGCAGCAGAGCCAACGACACAGAUUGUCUCAAGUUCUUACAGUGGCCACUGAUAGUCAUAGGAGCCUCAAUCAUGGUUGUUUCCUUAGCAGGUUUCGCCGGCGCGUGUUACAGAAACACCUUCUUGAUGUGGCUAUACCUCUUUGUCAUGUUCUUCAUCAUCGGCGCGCUCAUCGGCUUCAUAAUCUUUGCUUAUGCUGUGACAGAUAAAGGGUCAGGGCGGCCAGUGAUGAACAAAGGUUAUUUGGAGUAUUACUUGCAGGACUACUCUGGUUGGCUCAAAGACCGAGUGGUAGAUGACAAAUAUUGGGCUAAGAUUAGCUCUUGUAUUAGUGAUUCUAAAGUUUGCAGCAAGAUGGGAAGAAAUUUUAAUGGUGUCCCCGAAACUUAUGAUAUGUUUUCUAUGAGGAAGCUUAGCCCUAUUGAGUCUGGUUGCUGCAAGCCUCCAACAGACUGUGGCUUUGUCUAUGUCAACGAGACGCUAUGGAACCCAGGAGGAGGAUUGAUCGGAACUGACCUCAACUGCUCAAAAUGGAGCAAUGACCAACAGCUGCUGUGCUAUCAGUGUGACUCCUGCAAGGCCGGUGUGCUUGGCAGCCUCAAGAAGAGCUGGAGGAAGGUGUCGGUGAUCAACAUUGUUGUGCUUAUCCUCCUAGUGAUCUUUUAUGUCAUUGGCUGCGCCGCUUUCAGAAACAAUAAGAGGAUUGAUAAUAAUGAACCUUAUGGCGAGGCACGGAUGACAAAAGCACAACCAAGUAGGAUCCAGCUGUAGAAAGAUACUAAAAUACAUUUUAGACGUAAGUGGAAGCUUCGCUUUAUUGAGGAGAAUGUAUGUGUUUCCGUGUACCAUUUUAGGAAUGGUUUGUGUGAAAUAACAAGUGAACUUGAAUUUGGUUUGAUUUUUUAAAGUUGUUUUUGUAUAUGUUGGCUUUCAUGGUAUUCAAGCACAUUCUGACACUUUUUUUUUUUUCAAAAAUGUUUUAUGCUAACAUUGCUUUCC